CAUUACCGAGUACUAACAACAACAACAACCGAUACCUCAAAAUCAAACCAAAAGUUCAUUUACUUGAUGUGCAAGCAUGAAAAAGAGUACGAAAACAAUCAUAAGCGUGUUUCUGGAGACAAAAAUAUCAUUGUUCGCCAAAAGGAUACCCAGCGCAUUGGUUGUCCUUGCUACAUUUACGCAAGCAAGAACAAAUUCCAGCAGUUCGAAAUUCGCAGAUUACACGCAUUGCAUUCUCACCAAAUGGCUACGGGUUGCCGAACGUACGGUGUUUUCCGUCAUUUAGACACAGUGAAGCUCAACGCUGUGCGCAAUUUUUUUGAAAACACGAAGUGUAAUGCGAGCUCUAUUUUGGAGGUAAAGAGAAGUAGUGAAUGCCUUGAAAACAUCCACCACAAACCUUUUUUUCCCUCUCAUUAUUAGAAUCUUAUUGCUUAAGGCAUUAACAACUUAGUAACCAGAGACUUGCACAACAUCAGGCAACAACAUUUCAAAUCAAAGGAAUCCGAGUCCAGUGAAGUUCUCAACUUUAUCAACAACUUGAAAACAAAGGGUUACAUUGUCAAGCUUAGAGCCAAUUCCAACAAUGUCGUUGACAUGGUUUUUUUUUUUGCAGAAUUUGAGGCAAUUGCGGAAGCUCGUCGUAUGUCUGAAUGUUUGUAAUUGAUGCCACGUAUAAGACCAGCUCCCAUGGGAUGACGUUGUUCAACAUUGUUGGCACGAGUAACACUACAGGAGACAUAAGAAAUACCUUAACAACGUAUCAUAUUACGGGAGGGUGGAUGGAACAUGAAAAAACCCAGAACUAUUUGUGGUCUGUGUUUCCUGACGCUUUGAUCGCAAACGCCUCUUUGGAGCUUCCAA